AUGGUCGGCUGUGUAUCUCUGUCACACAGUGUUAACGUGCUGUAUCUGUGUAUCAUUCAACAGGUUGUCCCUCUGGGUGGGUGUCCCUCUGGAUGGUAUGGUCGGCUGUGUACCCAGGAAUGUGGUAAAUGCUUCAAUGGAAGUGCUUGUGACAACAUCGAUGGCCAUUGUGCAGAUGGGUGUGACACUGGCUGGAUUGGCGACACGUGCACUACUGAUUGGAACCUUGUUGUCUGGGCGCUCGUGUCUGUAUGUGUCUUUCUGGGAUUGGUUGUGCUGGUUCUCGUGAUCCUCCUGGUCAGAUGUAGAAGAAUGGUCGUUACGAACAAGCAGAAGAAGACAGGCGUUACUGCUGGUGCCGUGAGAAACCCCACCUACGAGAAUGACACGGGAGAUGCAGGAGAUGGAAUAACCAGUGUGACCCAGCCGGAUCACGUGUACGAGAAGAUGGACCAUGUGCAGCCCCCUGUGUAUGAGACGCUACAUGCUUGAGAGGCACAAUAAGACAUCCCCGUAUACAGACGUAGCAUGUAUUGGGGUUCAUAUUGUGUAAAAGCUCAUGUACCACCCCAGUGUAUGACACACUACAUUUGUAUGGGGUCACAUUGUUUGAUGGUCUCCCAUCCGUCGGUAUGAGACAUUACAAAUUUAGGGGUGCAUUUUGUUUGCAAUGUAUAUAUUGUAGCCAU